CCUUUUAGGAAUCAGCCCGCACUGAGAGGGCGCUCCUUAUACCAGGGCGGAGCUGAGCUCCAGAUGUCGGGGCGUACACAGCUGUAGGGUCACGUGGCAUGGCCUCAGCCCCCUUCCUGCCAACGCUGCAGUUGGCUCAAGCCCAGUUCAUGGCCGCCCUUGGGACCCCGAGCUGACAGUUGGAGGGCCCUGCGUUUAGGGGCUGCAACCACCCCACCCCCUUUUUACCGCCCCCCGCCGUCAAGCGCUGCUGCGGUGCGCCAGGGCUCAGGGCGGAGGUCGUGUAGCGGAUGAAGGAAGGCUAGGACCCCGGGACGGGCGGGGCUGGACAUGAAGAGGAGGUUGCGCCGCUGCCGGGACGCGUGGCUCACGCUACUGCUCAGCGCCACCCUCGGCCUCCUGCUCUACGCGCAGCGUGACGGGGCAGCCCCCAAAACCAGAGCACCACCAGCUGGAGGACAGUCCUCGCGGCCCACUCCUGGUCUCCGGGCACGCGCGCCCCCCAAUACCGCCAGCGCCGCCCCGCUGGCCUACGAGGACGACACCCCGGUGCCGCCCACCCCUACGGACCCCUUUGACUUCGGCAGGUAUCUGCGCGCCAAGGAUCAACGGCGCUUCCCGCUGCUCAUUAACCAGCCGCGCAAAUGCCGCAGAGACGGCGCCUCUGGGGGCCCGCCCGAUCUGCUCAUCGCGGUCAAAUCUGUGGCCGCCGACUUCGAGCGGCGGGAAGCCGUACGCCAGACUUGGGGUGCAGAGGGUCGCGUGCAGGGGGCACUCGUGCGCCGAGUGUUCUUGCUGGGAGUGCCCAGGGGCGCUGGCUCUGGCAGUGCGGGCACGCGGACGCACUGGCGCGCCCUGCUGGAAACUGAGAGCCGCGCUUAUGCAGACAUCCUGCUCUGGGAUUUCGAAGACACUUUCUUUAAUCUAACGCUCAAGGAGAUUCACUUUUUGGCUUGGGCCACAGCUUUCUGUCCAGACGUACGCUUUGUUUUUAAGGGCGAUGCUGACGUGUUCGUGCACGUGAGGAACCUGCUGCAGUUCCUCGAGUCCCGGGAUCCGGCACAGGACCUUCUUGCCGGUGAUGUGAUUGUGCAGGCAAGGCCAAUCCGCGCGAGAGCCAGCAAGUACUUCAUUCCCAAGGCUGUGUAUGGACUGCCGGUUUACCCGGCCUAUGCCGGGGGUGGCGGCUUUGUUCUUUCCGGAGCUACGCUCCGCCGCCUAGCAGAGGCCUGUACACAGGUUGAGCUCUUUCCCAUAGACGAUGUCUUUCUGGGCAUGUGCCUGCAGCGCCUGCACCUCACACCUGAGCCUCAUCCAGCGUUUCGCACCUUUGGUAUUGCUCAGCCGUCAGCUGCACCGCAUCUUCGCACCUUUGACCCCUGUUUCUACCGAGAACUGGUGGUAGUGCACGGGCUAUCUGCAGCUGACAUUUGGCUUAUGUGGCGCUUGCUGUAUGGGCCUCAGGGGCCAGUCUGUGCACAUCCACAGCCUGUAGCAACAGGUCCGUUCCAAUGGGACGCUUAGCUACCUAUCACAGUAUCAAGCCCCUCUCACUCAGCUCCAGAAGCAACUCUUAAAGAACCCGAACGGGCUUCUUCCCAUGAGGGUUAAUGGUGUACAUGGCUUUUCUCCACAUCACUGAGUGUGCAGCACUGACGCAGAUAGCCAGGGCCAAGGUAGUGGACCGUGUCUUGACCAGCAGACCCAAAAGCUGGCACAUUUAAUAAAACUAGUAGCCAACAGCAUUACUGUGUGUGCCAGGGAGGGCUUGGCUGGAAUGCUUAGGGCGCAAACACUAGCUGGUACCCCGUGGCCAGGCCUCAGCACUCAGAGCUGGCAGGCACUUCACUUACUUGCUUCCUUCCUUCUCCACACUGGAUUUCCAGUGGCCCUACCACACUGUCUGUCCCCUGUGAGGUCAGCUGUGUUGGGGCUAACCCUUUAGGCCCAGGUUUGCCUGUAACAGGAGGCAUGGGGCCAUGAUGUGUCAUGGUCUUGUCCACUAUAUGCACACACAACUAUGUCAAUGUACUUAUGAAGCUGACUCCUCCCCUUCCCAGGCGCCCUAAGAUUCCCAUGCUCUUGAACCACAGUCAAGAAAAUCAACAGCUCACAUUUUAGUACAAACACCCCAGCAGCAGCACAUGGGAAGCUGUCACUGCGGGCAUAGGUGCUUUAUUGGAAAGGGGAUGAGGAGGUUUCCUCUAUUCAAGAGGAUGGGAACAGUCCUGGCUACCCUGACAGUGGGACGUGAGGGUCUCUGGCCAGACCAAGGUCCAAAUGGGAAGACACCUGUCAAUCAGUCAUGGGAGUGCCACACAGGCCUGGCUGUAGGCCCAGGAACCAUACAGACAGCUGGGGCAGGCCCCCUGCACAUUCAUCAUGAACUAUACAAGAUGAGGCUGUACAUGAGUUAAUUACAAAAGUCAUUAUUUACAAAAAUCUGUACACAUAUUUGAAAAACUCACAAAAUUGUCAUCUAUGUAUCACAAGUUGCUAGACCAAAAUAUUAAAAAUGGGAUAAAAUUA